CUCCCCUCAUCUAUACUGAACGCUCUUGGUCGACGACCGUCCAUAUAAAUCCUAAACCUGGCGCUCGACAAACGGGCCCUGACAGUCCAGGAUAAACGAAUGGACGAUAGCAUCCUUCUUUUUGUCUGUAGCUACGUCUUCUCCUUCCGUUCCCCUUCGAAAGCUAGUGAAAGCGUGAAAGAGUGUACACGUGGGUUAGCCCCGCCCAACCUAUUCUAAAUAAUGCCCAUUCAAUUGCGCUGAACCGGUGAACGGAUUGACAGAUGUCUUCUCAGGGGAAAGAAAAGCUGCAGAUCAGCGCCUCGGCCCUUGUGGAGCUGAAAGCUACUUUGUUCAGUAAACAGCGAGAGGUAAAGAGUCAGGGAAAGAAGAAUGCGAGCGGAAACGAUGGAACUGCUCUUUCCACUAACGCCGUCUCUGAAAAGACGGCGGCGAUAUGGCGCAGGCCACAGAAGCAGAAGCGGCGGGGAGGGAGAGGAGGGAGUGCUAGAGAGGCUGCCAGGGAGAGGGCCACCCAGCGAAGUGCCGAGGAAGAAGCAGAACUGGAAAGAUCGAGGAAGGCACUGGAAGCUAAGGCAGCACUGUAUGACCGACUGUGUGGAGGGGAAGGGGUGAGGGGGGGAGGGAGUGAUAGUGAUGAUGGGGAGGAGGAGGGAAGGUACAUGGUGGACUUCACCAGAAAGAUCGUGGAAGAGAGAAAGACUCGGCAACUAGCUUCAUCCGCAGACUCCUCGAAAUCUGGAGAAAGUGGCAGUGUCACUAAAGAGGGCGUGGCUCAAGAGGAGGGGGAGUGGGUGGAGUACGUGGACUCGUUCGGGCGGAGUCGCAGGUGUCCCAGGGAGGACCUCCCCCACAUGAAAGAGCAGGAAGUCAAGAGAAGAGAGAGGUUUGACUACACUUAUAUAACCACAAACUUUUUGAUACCCUAUCAAAUUAUGUUGGGCGAGUAAAAUUUUACUGAGCACCUCAAAAUUGUUUGGUCCCCAACUUUUAUUUUUUAAUGAGGAUGUUAUGUUUUAAGGUCAGCAACUCCAGACUUGCUGUCGGAGGACAUGGCGAUGGAGAGAGAGAGACGGAGGUGGGAGGAGGAGGUGGAGGGGAAACUGGACAAACCAGUCGGUCCAGUCCACUACGAGGAACUCAGGCGAGGAGAGAUUCGAACACAUGGUGUGGGCUACUACGCCUUCUCGCAGGAAGAGGAAAAGAGGGCCGAGCAGUUGAGCCUGUUGAACAAACUCAGAGAUCAGACUGUUAGUCAAAGGGAAAAGAAGGCAAAGUUGCAGGAGAAGAGAAAGGCACAAAUGGCCGCUCGACUGGAGAAAGUACGACAGAGGAAGCAACUCAAACCACCAGAAGUGGAAGAAAAAGGUGAAGAAGAAGAGGAAGGGAAGUUGGUUGGUGGGUUGGUAGAGGGGGAGAGGAGAGAGGAAGAUCCACUAGCGGCCAUGAUAGAGAGCGAACUGGGAAAAGCGAGGGAGAAAGCAGAGAAGGGAGGAGGCGAGGAACGAGAUGGGGGUGUGGCAAAGAAACCCUACGUCAGACCAUGGGACAAAGGCAAAAUUGUCGAUCCAAUUCGCAAGAGAAAGAAGGAGCUGGAGGACGAAAGGUUCUCUGAGUUUGCCCCACCUUCGUCUUACAAGAACAGUGCCACUGAGCUGCCAAAGGUUGCCAAAAUGGACAAUACAGACCAAAAGAGUGACCAAAGUAGACCACUAGGCGACCAAGGUCACAAGUCAGCGACUGAGAUACCAGAAGAAGUGCCAAACCAAAAUGUUGCUGAGAGUGGUGCUGCCAGUGGCCCCCCACCCCCACCCCCUCAAAACUACUACCAAUACCAGCCACCUAUGUUUGCUUUCCCUCCACCAUUCAUGCCGUCACCACUAUUUGGUCCAGUACCCCCACCCCCUCAUGGACCAAUACCAAACUUUAGACCACCACCAAACUGGUAUCCAUACUUUCACCCCCCACCCCCACCCCCUACUAUGCCACCAUCACAAUCACCACAGUAGUUGAGUAUGAAUUUAUUUUCUCUUAUAAAACUACAGUGAACAUUUUUGGACGAAACUAAAAAUAUUCAUCUGUGGAUCUACAAAAAUGUUCUU